GCAUCUAUUUAUUGCAUUUCAUAGAUGCGGAUCGGCUGCCUCAGUGAUAACCUCACUGAUUGAUUAAAAAUGACGAGUCGUACUGGAAAGUUUGGAUCUUUGCUGUUACUAUUCGCUUUGAUCCUGCUCAUUUCCGUUAUUUCUGGUAACGACGAAAUCGCCUUCUUUCAAAAGAUCUCAACAACUACAACCAGGCCAACAACAACGACAACAACGACAACAACGACAACAACUACAACAAAGCAGCCUGUGACUCAAGAAAAGAAGUGCGGCCUAUUUAAUGAUAAAAUCUGUGUUAAGCGCACUGAGUGUGCGGAAACUGUCCGGAACGUUCGAAAGGUAAUCAUCGAUUUAGGAGAGCCGCCUAAAAGCAUAUGCCACUAUCUGGAGACCUGUUGUCUUCCCAAAGAUAAGCUGAAAGUUAGCAUCAAUCGCGAACAUACGGCUGGCAGUAAUCAGUGCGGGGUAACAAAUGUGGAUGGCUUGUACAUGACUGUAAAGGGAGGAAGCCUGGUGACUAGCUUCGGAGAGUACCCAUGGGUAGUAGCUAUAUUCGAUGUUGGCGCACAGUUUGUCUGCACAGGCACUUUGAUUGCCUAUAACGUGGUCCUGACAACGGCGAGCUGCGUGGCUGCCGAACAACAGCUGAUCGCGAGGGCUGGGGAAUGGGAUCUGAUGACCGAGAAUGAACCUGUUGCCCAUGUAAACAUCAGCGUCAAAAAAUCAAUAGUACACGAGAAAUUCAAUUGGGAGUCAAUGGAAUACAACAUUGCCUUGUUGAUCCUAGAGAGCGCUUUUGAUCACCUGCAAUACAUUACACCCAUUUGUUUGCUCGGCAUUGACACUGAAGUCUUCUAUGAGAAGUGUUUCAUCACUGGAUGGAGGUCUACCAGGCCUUUGAACCGGCCUAGCCGGAAUAUAGUCGUCAAGGUUGAAAUCGCCAUUGACAGUGGGUCUUGCUCACUCAAUUCGAUCUCGACGGAAAUAUGUGCCACUGCCAAUACCAAUCUGCCUAUCUAUGCCAAAGGAGCACCGCUGAUUUGUCCAACCGACAGCAGUAUUUACCAUAUAAUUGGCGCCUGGAGUACAAGAACGAAUGGUGCAAUUCAAUUCAGCGAUGUCAGGCAAUUUGGUCCGUGGAUUCGCGAGAAAUUAGAGCCUGACUGCAUUUUCAUUUAGCAGCUUCAAUAUGGGAAUGCGUCAUCAAGCACGGGCACAUAAGAAUAACCUGUUUAAAGCAAGCAUUGAAGUAUGAACGCCAUCGAAGAGUUGA